AUGGCCAGCUGGCGCGUCACGGCGGCCAACGGCGCCGGCCUGCGCUGCGCGUCUUCCGUGUCGAGCGCCAUCAUGUGCCGCGCCUACCGCGGCGAGGUGCUCCGGGCGCGCGACGCCGUCGCGGGCGACGCGGGCUGGGCCUGCGUCGUCAAGCCGGGCUACGGCCUGCUCUGGGCGCUGCGGCGCGACCUGGAGCGCACCGACGCGCCGCCGUCGCCCGCGCCCGCGGAGCCGCCGGCGCCGCCGGCGCCGCCGACGCCGCCGACGCCCGCGGCGCGCGCGGCGCCCGCGGCCGGCGCGCCGCCGGCGCCGCCGCUGCCGUUGCUCGACGCGCCCGGGGACCGCCUCGUGCGCGCGUUCCGCGCCGCGGAGGCCGAGGAGUGGCCCGCGGGCGCGCCGCGGUGGCCGCGCGUCGCCGGCUUCGGCGGCGCCUGGGUCGUGCACGUCAUCUCGGACCUGCACACGGACAUGGCCGAGAACCGCGACUGGCUCGCGCGCCACCCGUCGCCGCGGACCGCCGACGGCGCGAAGCACUGCGUCGUCGUCGCGGGCGACGUCGCGACGAAGCUCGACGCCGUCGAGGCGACGCUCCGCGCGCUAACCGCCUCGUACGACGCCGUCUUCUACGUGCCGGGCAACCACGAGCUCUGGUACGUCGGCGUGGCGGGCGCCCACGAGCCCGAGGCCUGGGCCGAGGCGUCGCGGUUCAGCCCCGGAAAUCCGCCGAAGCGCGACUCCUUCUGCAAGCUGCUGGCGAUCGUGCGGCUCUGCCGGGGUCUGGGCGUGCGCACGGGGCCCGCGUCGCUGACGGACGCGCUCCACGUCUGCCCGCUCUUCUCCUGGUACCGGGGCACGUUCCUCGACGACGCGUGCGCGACGGCGUCGGACGGCGCCUCGGUCUUCACGAAGGUGCGGCGCGACGUCGGCUGCUGCCCGGCGUCGCCCCAGGAGCUCGGGUUCGACGCGGGCUGCGCCUGGCCCGCGCACGUCCAGGCCGCGGACGCCCGGGGCUCCUUCGGCGGCGGCGUCGCGGACGCGAUGCUCCGGCUCAACGAGCGCCGCGUCGCCGCCGCGCCCGAAAACGGCGCCGUCGUCACCUGCAGCCACUUCCUGCCGCGGCGCGAGCUCUACGUCGGCUGGCGGGGCCUCGGCAAGUGCAUGGGCGACCCGCGCCUCGACGCGCAGCUCCGGAAAGCGCGGUGCGCGGUCCACUGCUGCGGCCACGCCCACACGGACUUCGACGCGACGCACGGCGGCGUGCGCUACGUGCAACGGGCGCUGGGCUACCCGCACGAACGGUACGGCGCCUUCCGCGGGCCGCUUGCGCUCGAGUUUCCCCCCUAA